AUGUCAUCUCUUACAUCAUCUUCAUCUGAAUCUGCUACACCAGAUCAGUGGAAUAAACCUGAUAAGGAGGGAGAGUUGAAGAAACAAGGACAUAUUGUAAAGAAUUGGAAGAAGAGAUGGUUUGUGAUUCAGAAGGACUUGUUGUUCUAUUUCAAGGACAAGUCAGAUCCAAAGCCAAUUGGUGUGGUGCCUUUGAGGAUGUGUCGCGUCAGCGAGAGCAAGUCCAUUGGCAAAUCACACUGCUUCGAGCUGGUGUCACCACGCAUCGACAAGACCUUCUUUAUCCAGUGCGCCAGCGCUGAUGAGAUGAGCGGCUGGAUCAAGGCCGUCGAGCGCGGCUCAGAGUACUCGGUGGUGGGCACGCCCUUCAACCUCAAGCACAUUGUCCACGUCGACUUCAACUCGGCCACUGGAUUCUCUGGUCUGCCCAAGGAGUGGGAGGUCAUCCUCAAGUCAAACAACAUCACCAAAGAUGAAGUCCUCGACAAGCCCAACGAGUGGCUUCAAGUUCUCGAGUUCCAGGCAGCACGUGCUGCCAACGAGCAAUCAGGUCAAAAGCCAGCCUCAUCAGCAUUGCCAGAGGAAUCAAACCAGACCUUGGGUGAUUUGGUCAACAGAGAGGACCCAACAAAGAUAUAUAAGAACAUGACAAAGAUUGGAGAGGGCGCAGCGGGAGAGGUGUUUGUGGCCACAUCUUCAAAGACGAAUAAGCGAGUGGCUAUUAAGAAGAUUGAGAUCAACAAUGAUAAUGCAAAGUUGUUGGUGACAGAGAUCGCUAUUAUGAAGACGAGCCAGCAUGAGAACAUCGUCAACUACAUCGACAGCUACGUCGUCAAUGACAAGGAGCUGUGGGUGUGCAUGGAGUUCAUGGGCGGCGGCUGCCUCACCGACAUCCUCGAGUGCUUCGAGACGGUCAAGAUGACCGAGGAGCAGAUCGCCUACACCGUGCGCGAGACCUUGCGCUCGCUCGAGUACAUCCACUCGCUGCACCGCAUUCAUCGUGACAUCAAGAGUGACAACAUCCUGCUGGGCUCCGAGGGCACGGUCAAGAUCGCCGACUUUGGCUACGCCGCGCAGCUCACACAGAAGCAGCAGAAGCGUAACACCGUGGUGGGCACACCAUACUGGAUGGCACCCGAGCUGAUCCGUGGCCAUGACUACGGCAUCAAGGUGGACAUCUGGAGUUUAGGCAUCAUGAUGAUGGAGAUGGUCGAGGGUGAGCCACCCUACAUGUCGUUCCCACCUCUCAGAGCACUUUUCCUCAUCACCACCAAGGGUAUCCCACCCCUCAAGGAGCAGUCCAAGUGGUCCAAGGACUUUAUCGACUUUUUCAACAAGUGUCUGGAUAUCAAUGUACAAACAAGACCUGAUGCAACAGCCCUUCUUAAGCACCCAUUCAUGGCCAAAGCAUGUGACGCAUCACAGUUCAAACCUCUGAUACAGAUGUCCAGAGAGUCAUCCUCAUAA